UGUCCCAUUCUGUGAUGAUACAAAGAGCUUAAUUUUUUAAUUGAGAGACAAUGGGUGUGCACGACAGCACAGACUCUAAGUACAAUGUUAUGGGAAGCUCCAGUUUCUCAAAACUCACCCCAAAACGUCCCAAUACUGUGCACUUCUUCAAUGAUGGACCACCCAACAAAAUCCACAAACACGAGACCCCAGAGGGACACCAGAAUGGGGUCGAGGUCAAAUCCAAUCCCAAUAUUCAACAGCAGAGGAAGGCCUUACCUGUCUAUAAACAUCGAAAAAGACUCCUGGAAGAGAUUCGCAAGCACAACAGCCUGAUAAUAAUCGGUGAAACGGGAAGUGGAAAGACCACUCAGAUUCCCCAGCUGCUGUUAUCAUCAGGAAUGCAAGGUGGCAGCGGUUGCAUAGGUAUAACUCAACCACGUCGUGUAGCAGCAGUGAGCAUCGCACGUCGAGUAGCCCAAGAACAAGGGGUCCAAUUAGGUAGCCAAGUGGGCUACUGCGUUCGUUUCGAGGACGUAAGUACCUCAGACACACGAAUAAAGUACCUAACCGACGGUAUGAUGGUGCGAGAGGCAAUGAGAGACGAGAAUCUCUCUGACUACUCCAUAAUAAUCCUGGACGAGGCGCACGAGCGUUCAGUACAAACGGACGUGCUCCUGGGAGUGGCACGUCGUGCCCAAAGCCUCCGUAAGCUCAAAUCCCAGACACCCCUGAAGCUGCUGAUAAUGUCAGCAACGAUGGAUGCAGAUAAAUUUCGCAAGUACUUUCAGGCACCUGUUAUAUAUCUAGAGGGUAGACAAUAUCCCGUGAACAUCUACCACACGACGAGACACCAGGAUGACUAUACAUUCGCCUCACUGGUAUCGGCUUUUAAAAUUCACAGGGAGUCACCGGCCAACGAGGAUAUCCUCGUGUUUCUCACGGGUCAGGAGGAGAUCGAGGCUGCUGUGAUGACAGCGAGACAAGUGGCUAAACAAUUAGAGAAGACUAGUGAGGUGCAUCCACCCCUCAAAGUAUUUCCAUUGUACUCGGCUCUGCCAACUCAUCAACAGCUCGAGGCCUUCAAGCCCUCACCCCCGGGGAUGCGCAAACUAGUUCUGUCGACCAAUGUCGCUGAGACUUCUGUCACCAUUGGGGGAAUAAGACACGUAAUCGAUACUGGUGUCGUCAAAGUCAGGACCCAUCAUCCCACCACUGGGCUCGAUGUUCUCAGGGUGGAAAAUAUAUCGAAAGCACAGGCUUGGCAGAGAACUGGAAGAGCUGGACGUGAAUCGCCUGGCAAAUGCUACAGAACGUACACCAAUAAUGAUUUUGAGAGAAUGAAGGAGAUGCCUGUGCCGGAGAUUCAGAGGUGCUCUCUAGCUGGUGUUGCCCUCCAGCUGUUGGCCAUUGGAGUUGAUAUUACAACCUUUGAUUUCAUGGAUAAACCACCCAAGGAAGCUGUUGAGGUGGCUGUUGGCUGCCUCGAGAAACUGGGAGCUGUCAAAGGAUCUCCUCCACAGCUCACCACUCUUGGAAAAACCAUGUCGUUAUUUCCACUUGAUCCUCGUUUCACUAAGGUUCUUCUCGCUUCCGUUGAGCACAAGUGCCUUGAAGAAGCUUUAACCGUUAUUGCUUUACUUUCUGGAGAGUCUGUGUUCACCGAACCCCCUGCUAAACGCGAACAGGCGCAUGCUGCCAGAGCUAGAUUUGCCUCGAUGGAGGGUGACCAUGUGACCCUUCUUAAUGUAUACCGAGGGUAUAUGGGUGCUUCCCAGAAGAAGCCGUGGUGUCACGACAAUUUUCUUCACCCCAGGAACUUGGAAUACGCCACGGAGGUACGUAAACAGCUCGCUGGAUUAGCAGAGAGAGCUAAUUUGGAGAGAGCAAGCUGCGGUGCUAACACAGAGUCAUUAAGAAAAUCAUUACUCGAGGGCCUCUCGGAUAAUCUCGCUGAGCUCCAACGAGAUAACACUUACCUAACGUUGAGCACGAGACAACCAGUUGCCAUUCAUCCGUCCUCUACUUUGCAUACAUCGAGGCCUCAGCUUGUUCUUUUCACUGAAGUUGUAGCAACAGGAAGGUGUUACCUCAGGGAUCUCUCCGUCAUCGACUCCUCGUGGAUCACCACCAAAUGAUUUAUUCUCUCUUAAUCAUUUAUUCUUUCACCAAUUGUUUGUAUUCAUUUAUCUUCAUCGAUGGGUGUGAGAUUGAAAAAAUAUGUUGAACAUCGGUUUUAAUAAUUGUUUUUAGAAAUUCAUUUCGAUGAUUAUA